AUGAUCCUCUCUAUUGUGGCUGUCCUGAAAGACGAGAAGAAUGGGAAGCUGGUCACAUUGUUGAAUUCUGAUGGCGUGCCUUUAAAGACAAAAUACAAUGUUGACCACCUAAAGCCUUUCCUGAGGUCAAAAAGUGAGGACAAGGAAGGUGAUGAUAAAGCUAUGGAGACACCUAAAGGUCACAGCUGUACCAAUACCCCUCUACAGAGACAUUUUGCUCCAGAAGUACUGAAAGAUAACACGAAGUUCAAGUGUUAUGGCAGAAAGAAGUCACUGGAAGCUGUUGUGGGGCCUUACCCGCUGUUUGUCUCCUCAUUUCAAGCACUACGUGCAAAAAAAUGGCUGGUAGAUGAGGUAAUUCACGCUUGCCUAUAUCACAUACUUAAAAACCAGCACAAAUCUAUUUGUCAAAUUUGUGCCGUGGUUGCUACUACGUUGUUCAAUGGGCAAAUAGAAAAACUUGGAAAGGAUAUUUUUCCAGAGGACAUUUGGGUGUGUCCCAUAAACUUUGGACAACACUGGAUUUUAGUGUUAUUCCUAAUGAAAGGCUAUGAUGGCAGGCAGUCUAACGCUGCCAAGCGGGGGAUAUUGAGGGUGGUCAAACGCCGGAUGUGGCUUAAAUUCCAGCACAAACGAACAGUGCUGCAGAUGUAUCACUUUUGGUCGGACUUUAAGAGGCGAAGGGAGGGAUUCCUUCGCACGGUUUGCUGUCGAAUUCCUGCCACAUCCGGUGGGAGACGCCCUCAGGUCACCUUGACCAUAUCCCCCGCGGGCAGGAGGACUGCCUGCCUGAGCUACGUGGCUGCAGGGGCACCCAAUUUCCAGCGGCUGAAAGUAAUUCAUGAGCAAGGUGACCAGGCCCAGCAGGCCUCCAAUCCUUCUGACGUUUCUGAUGAAGAGGGGGCAGAGGUGGAAUCGGCCUCUCCAGAGGAAUCUACAGGUAUUGGAACACCAGACAUGAUGGAGGAGGAGGACCCUGCCCUCUCUAUAGUGAUGUGUAAUUCCUUUUCCUCAUUAAGGGACAAGAGUGUUUGGAACACCAGACAUGAUGAAGGAGGAGGAGGACCCUGCCCUCUCUGUAGUGAUCUCUAGGAGUUCUGAUGAAAAGAGGGAGGAGGAGCCGGCAGAGAGCCCCCCAGGUGGCUGUUGAACCAUGCCCUACUCUGGACACGAUUCUUCCAACUAUCCGCUGGUACGGAGAGCGACUGUCUGCGGUGGAGACUGCACUUGGCAUUAGGCCACCAAAGAAACCUUUUUAAUCAAUGUUUUUUUUGUAUUUUAUUUUUCUAAAUUGUUUUUAUCUUUUUUAUUAAAAUGAUCGCUUUCAACAAAUAGUUCUCCUAACUUUCUUUAUCUGGUCAUAUGUCCUUUCAUAUUUUGAAUUUGAACACACUCUGAAAUCCUGUAGGUACAAAACACAUACAUAUCUGCCCAAGUCUGCUAGUUUGAGGCACGAUGGGCAGAUUUGGACCAUUUCUGCUGCAGUGCAAAAAACUAUCUCAGGUGAUUAGAUGGCAAUAGGAAAAAAAAAACUCUAACUUCAGCUGUUUCCUUUUUAAAGUUGUGUUUCAAGGUUAAUGUUUGCAAGGGAUUGCAGCUCAUACAAUAUAUUUUUUUUAAAUUUAAACAAUUCAAAAAUAAAAAACAAGUGUAAAGUGCUUCUGUCUCCUUCUAAAAAUUGC